ACAUCAGGACAUGCCAUCGGACUAUCAAAAUUUGCAUGUUUACCAACAUGGUAGCUAUGGAGAGCCCUUACUCUUCCCAGCACCCUUGGCAACCUUCUCACGGAAAUAGCUGUCGAAAACACAGUAUAGGUUGAGCCGGAUCUGCUUAUCGCCAGAGUUGUCCAACCUGUCGUUGUCCUUCUCCUCCUUGGGGGCAGUCCGACCAUGGCACGACCGCCCGAUUAUGUUCUCAGGUCAUGGCACGCGUGUUCCUCUGUUGUUGCUUCUUUACAAUGCGGGCGCGGAUGGCUUCCUCCUCUACGGCACCCAACGCCCCUGCAUUAGCCACCUCCGCCGUCGCCAUGUCGGCAGCGAAAGCGGGCCUCAGCCACCCUCAUCCUCUCCUUCCCAAGGCGGACACACCAGUCCUGGUAGCACUCAUACUCUGGAGGACCGCUAAUGGGAAAGGGAGAUUGGAAGGCUCCCGGGAGGACCGCGAUGAUCCAACCCUGGGGGAUCCGAGCUUCCGAUGCGAUGAAGCAAUGGACUCGCGCUGGAGAGAUCCCGCCGUUUGUCGGGCGCUGUCCUCUCGGAAGCGGGAGAGUGCAAUGCGAACGGCCAUUGGCUCCUCCAACUCAUACGGGACGACACCCCAGGAAGUGGAUGAGAAAAUAUAUAUGUAUAGUGAAGUCAGAUCCGCUGCCUGCCAUGCCGAAGAAGGCCGGACGGGAGCUUGGGUGGCGUAGGGAAGCGGAGGAGAGUACAGUGAAGUGACUAGGAUUUUGUCUGGAAAAUGAACGAGAAGAAUAUACUAUGUAGGGUCGGGUGGGCCAACGUGGGCUAGCUCGGACGUGGUCCGCCCAGACGUUCGUAACGCCGCACUGCCCACAGGUUCGUAUCUGCGUUUGCGGCGGCAGUGGUAUAUGUACAGAUACAAUAAUGAGAACUCUCGAAACUGCAGCGUCUUUCAUGGCAGGCCGGUAACGCGUGUGUACUGAGUAGUACACCGCACGUCUGCGCGGUCACAUUUAUAGACGGAGCAACCAAACCAAAUCCCAAGAGUCAUUCGUAUACAGAUACACGGGAGCGAGCCCGGCCGGAAACCAAACACCAUUCGUCGCUCCCUCGCUUCACACCAGCGCGCACUAGUCCCUCUCUGCCUCCUCUUCUCGGUCGCGCGCCGCCUCUGCUCUCCCUCGGCAACGACAGCAAACACCGGCUAGCCAGCCAAGAAAGAGGCGCCGACAUGGCCAUCCCGCUCCAGGCGAAGAAGCAGCAGGAGAACGGAAGCAAGGGCGGCCAAGGCAGCGACGUGGACGGCGGCGACGACAACCCUUCGGCGGCGGAGGAGCUGCGGGAGCUGUGGCGCAUGGCGGCGCCGAUCACGGCGCUCAACUGCGUGGUGUACCUGCGCGCCAUGGUGUCCGUGCUCUGCCUGGGUCGGCUCGGCCCGCUCGACCUCGCCGGCGGCGCGCUCGCGAUCGGGCUCACUAACAUCACGGGCCACAGCGUGCUCUUCGGCCUCGCGUCCGGGUUGGAGCCGCUUUGUGCCCAGGCCUACGGCUCCCGCAACUACGACCUGCUCACGCUCUCCCUCCACCGCGCCGUGCUGCUGCUCGCCAUCGCCGCCGUCCCCAUCGCGCUGCUAUGGCUCAACGUCGGCCCUAUCCUCGUCGCGCUCGGCCAGGACCCGGCCAUCUCCGCCUCCGCCGCCGCAUACGCCGCGUGGGCGCUCCCGGACCUCGCCGCGCUGGCCGUGCUCCAGCCGCUUCGCGUCUACCUUAGGUCCCAGGGCAUCACCAAGCCCAUGGCCGCCUGCUCUGCGGCCGCCGUCGCGCUGCACAUCCCGCUCAACUUCCUCCUCGUCUUCCGCAUGGGCUUCGGCGUGCGCGGCGUCGCGGCCGCGCAGGCGCUCACCAACACCAACAUGGUGCUCUUCCUGCUCGCCUACGUGCGGUGGGCGGGCGCGUGCGAUGACACGUGGAGGGGCUUCGCGCGGCCCGCCGCCGUAGCCAGCGGGCUCGGCGGCCUCGUCCGCCUCGCCGUGCCCAGCUGCAUCGGCGUCUGCCUCGAGUGGUGGUGGUACGAGGUCGUCACCGUGCUCGCCGGCUACCUCCAGAACCCCACCGCCGCCGUCGGCGCGGCCGGCGUCCUCAUCCAGACAACCAGCCUGAUGUACACCGUGCCCAUGGCGCUCGCCGCCUGCGUCUCCACCCGGGUGGGCAACGAGCUGGGCGCCGGGAAGCCGCGGCGUGCGCGGAUGGCGGCGACGGUGGCGCUGUGGUGCGCGGCGGGCGUGGGCCUGGCGCACGUGGCGUGGACGGCGGCGUUCAGCGCGCAGUGGGUGUCGCUGUUCACGCGGGAGCCGUCGGUGGUGUUUCUGGCGUCGGCGGCCAUGCCGGUGCUGGGGCUGUGCGAGCUGGGCAACUGCCCGCAGACCACGGGGUGCGGCGUGCUGCGCGGCACGGCCAGGCCCGCCGUGGGCGCCCGCAUCAACCUGCUCUCCUUCUACCUCGUCGGCACGCCCGUGGCGGUGCUGCUGGCGUUCGGGCCCUGGCCGUGGACCGGGUUCGGCGGGCUGUGGUACGGGCUGCUGUCCGCGCAGGCCGCCUGCGUGGCCCUGGUGCUGGUCGCCGUCGUGUGGCGCACCGACUGGCGCGUCGAGGCCAUGCGCGCGCGGAGGCUGACCGGCACCGGCGCGGAGACGACGGCGACGGCCACCGAGGGGGAGGAGCAGGAGGAGAUGAGGCGCCUCGUGGCCGGCAACGGCCGGGAGGCCGACGUCGACGUGUAGCGACCCGUUCCUUUCGGUCGAACCACCUAGUUUAGCCCUACGUGCGGUGCAUCGCGGUGACAUGCUAAACUUAAGCCAGACUAGCCAUUCCACCCGUAGAGCAGCCGUAGCAUAUUUGCAGCACCUAGCCGGCUAGCUUUAGUUAUUGCUGUGAGCCACACAGCUCACAGAUUUGCUGCUGCAUGCAUGCUUGCAGCUAAGCGUAAGCGGUGGGGUGUUGCAUUGAAGUGGUAGCUGCUUGGAAAAACGGCCUAGCUAGCAAGCUAAUCAAGCUAGAGAUCUUGAUCGAGCUAAGCAAGUUCAUUCCAAGUGACACGCACUUCCUUUUGUGUACCAGCUACACAAGUUCAUUAGCACUUGAUUUUGGGAUCGAUGGGGCAUGCAUGCAUGCCUUGAAAAAGAAGCAUGGAACCUUUGGGAACCUUUGCAUCUGCCAUUGCUUCCUGCCGCAUACGAGAAAGUUGGCUAGUAUAGUAAGUUGUGUUUGGAUA